GCACUUUUUAUCGCUUUAUAACAGGAUAUCUCACUGGCGCGAAAAACGCACUGUCUGGCUUUCUGUAAAACAUUGUGGGGCGGAUCUUGUGCCUGUUGUCUAAGCCUGGCUUUUCCCCCUUUAACUUAAACAUAAGUAUAGACUGCGUCGAAACUGCGCAUCCGUGCAACCAGCAACACCUCAGUCAGCUUUUAUCCCUUCGAUCCUCGUGAACUCGUUGCUCUCUGGCGGCCGGGGGAUUUCCAAUGCCCUGAAUUUCGCUGUGGGAUUGUGCAGAGAGCCGGUUGUACAGGACGUUUUCCAGAGAAAACUGCUGUCAUUUGACCAUUUCUGGGAAUAAACUCAAGGAUUUUAUUAACUGGGAACAUGGAGUACGACUGCUACCAGCACUAUUUUAUCGAUGAUUUCGACAGAGAGGAGGAUUUUUACAAGUCUACCGCACCGAGCGAGGACAUAUGGAAAAAGUUCGAGCUGCUGCCCACGCCUCCCAUGUCUCCCACCCGGACUCUGAGCGGCAGUGCGCUGCACCUAUCGCCGGGAGACAAACUCAGCUGGCUGUCCAAAGUCCUGGGUCAGGACGAGGAGUGCGAGGGUCAGUUCAUCCCCGACACGGAGGAGCUGUUCGGCAACCUCAGCUCUAUCAUCAUCCAGGACUGCAUGUGGAGUAGUUUCUCUGCCAGUAAGCAGCUGGAGAAGGUCAACGGGAGAGUGUCAGCUGCGGCACAGACCUGCGUCUCCCCGGUGGCCCAGAUCUCCGUGAGACCGAGCAAAGCGCAGUGCGUCUCUCCCGCUGUCCCGCUCGCCACCCCGGCGACAGACUGCGUCGACCCCGCGGCUGUUCUCACCUUCCCGGCAAGCAGCUACAGGAAGCCGGCGUCGUCUGGCUCCGAGUCUCGCUCUGAUUCCUCUGAUGAUGAAGAGGAAAUCGACGUGGUCACCGUGGAGAGCAAGCAGAACCGCGUGCGGGUGGUGAAUGUCAGAAAGCCAGUGACCGUCACGGUCCGGGCCGACCCCUGUCCCAAACGAUUCCACAUGUCUGUCCACCGGCAGCAGCACAACUACGCCCUCCGCUCCCCAGACAGUGAGCCUGAUGAUGAUGAGGAGGAGGAUGAGGAUGAAGACGAUGAGGAGGAGGAUGACGAUGAGGAGGAAGAGCCUCAAAGCAAGCGUACUUGCACAGCAUCCAGUCAGCGGCCGGGCUAUUCGUCUGGUAUCUCCCAGCCCGGCUCCCCCUCGGAGAGUCCACAAAACUCUGACGUAGAGGACACUGAUCGCAGGCGGAAUCACAACUUCCUUGAGAGGAAGAGGAGGAACGAUCUCCGGUCCCGCUUCCUCGCCCUACGGGAUCAGAUCCCUGGCCUGGAGUCGUCCAAGACUCCGAAGGUGGCCAUCCUGACCCAGGCGACAGAGUACCUGUCCGACCUGCACACCAGGGAGAGACGACAGCUCCAGGAGAAGAAACGCCUCAAAACCCGACAACAGCAGCUUCUCCGCAGAAUAGCUGAACUGAAGCGCUCUUGAGACGCACGCGUUUAAAAUAAACUGCCUCGUUAGUCACGGUCAGGAACUUUACUCUCAAGUUACCUGACACUUUUGGAAAGCUACAGUUUUACUAUAACAAACAUGCCUCAUGUAAAUAGCUGUGAAUUUUGUUUUUGAAUAUUGCUGUGGGCUUCUUAUGAAUUGACUGUGCAGGCCAAUGACCCUGAUACGGUGAGGAGCAGCAGUCAGUGUGCUGUGUUUUUAAUUUUUAAUUUGGAAAGUGUUUUAGCUAAGAACCGGGGUAAUGGAAUUGAUUUUAUAGCUAAGAUAUUUCCUGGUAUGCUGUGAUGGGGAAAUAAGAACCUUUGUUAAUAGUUUACCAGUGUGAUAGUGAGUACAUGCAGCCUCCAGGGUGUGCGUUUCAGUGUGUCACACUUUCAAGUGCGUGAAGUCUGAAUGACUUUCUUUGUACAUAAUGAGUGAAUGAGUUCCUGGUUUGUUUGGUGCUGAUGAUGACUGUGUGAUUUACAAAUUGUUCUGUAAAUAAUAGCUUAAUAAUAGCUCCUGUUGAAGGAGACAAAAUCAAGAGUUGUCAACAAGCUUUGCUCCUCUUUAUGACGUGCCACCAGGCAUCGAGGAACAUCUAUUUUGUUAAGAUAAUAGGAAAAAUGGGCAAAAAAAAAGUAGCACUGCUGUACUUUAUAUCACAUGUCACUUUGUGAUUUCAAUGCUUCUGAUUUUGGUUGAUUUAUAAAGCAUGCUAACAUCGACAUUAAAUUUUAUACCAUAUUUGCAUACAAA